ACAGAUUAGUGCUACUCCUUUCUAAUUUAAUAUUUUAAUUCAUAAUUAUAAUAAAGUAAUAUAUAGAAAAAAUAGAGAUAUAUUUAAAUAUAAUCUAAUUUUCUAUAUUUAAUAAAAUAGUGCAAAUAUGUGUGUAUGUCCUUUAAUUAUAUUAUAAUAAAUAAAUCAUUGAAUGUUUUGGUGUAAUGUGAUUAGUGUAUUGUUUAGUGUGUAUAGUGAGGAAGUUAUAGUGAAAUAGUGUAUAGUGCUCACUGUGAGGGAAAAUGGAGUUGUAUUUGAAAAACCAAUUGCAGAUAGCCCUAAUAAUUUACACCGGUCAGAUGAUGGUGGGUUUCGGUUUGGGCUGGUCAGCACCCAUCAUUCCUAUUCUGCAGGACACUGAGCACACCCCCCUGCCAAGCAUCAUCUCAGGGCAACAAGCAUCCUGGAUUGGCUCUGCAUUGUAUAUUGGAACCAUUAUUGGUCCUUAUGUAUCCGGAUACCUGUCAAACAUCCAGGGUCGCACGCCAUGUUUGAUCCUGGGUGGGAUACUGACCUUAUUCUCGUUCAUUCUCCUGGCCAUGUCAAGUAACCUGGCAAUGAUCUUAGCUGGGAGAAUAUUCACUGGUCUAGGCACUGGGAUCAUAUUUGUCACCAAUCUGGUGUAUAUAGGGGAGAUUGCGUCCACCAAUAUUCGAGGUAUAUUAUUGACUGGUACAGGAGUAUUCAGUACUGUCGGAACAUUAGUUGUGUUUUCAGUCGCGCCAUACGUUCCUUACUGGGCAAGCAGCGUCGUGGGUCUAGCUAUAACAGCUGGUUAUGUCGUUGGACUGAUGUUUAUACCUGAAUCACCAAUGUUUUUUAUUAUAAAAGAAAGAGAAGAAGAUGCUAUAAACGUACUAAAGAUGUUAGGUCGUGAAGAUGAUAUUGGCAUGUUGCUGUCUGUAAAACAGACAGAAAGUGAUCAAAAUAGUGACUGGAAGGACCUAUUUACCAUCAAAAGCAACCGGAGAGCUUUUAUCAUUACUUUUGUUUUGGGCAUACUCCAACAGCUCAGCGGCAUUAUCGUGGUGGUAUUCUUCGCGACAACUAUCUUCGACAUGGCCGAUUCAUCCAUAGAGCCUAACACAGCCACGAUCAUUAUUGGAGUCACACAGAUCGUCUCCAGUUGCAUUGCUCCGUUCUUCGUUGAGAGGAGUGGCCGGAAGAUCCUACUUCUGGCAUCAACUGGAUGUUGUUGCAUCAGUUUGGCUGUGCUAGGAACUUACUUCUUGCUAGACCACUACAACCACUCCGUGGUAGCGAAGGUGCAAUGGCUGCCUCUUGUGAUUCUCAUGGUGUUCUUCCUAUCCUAUGACAUGGGCUUCGGUAUAAUCCCAGGCACUUUUAUCGGUGAGAUGUUCCAGUCAAACAUAAGGAGUAUUGGGUCCGCAGUCACAGUCACCAGCGCUUGGCUCUUCGGCUUUGGUGUCGCGUCGGCUUUCGACCUCUUAAUCAGCUUCCUUGGAGGUCAUGGAACGUUCUGGAUGUUUGCAGGAGCUUGUGGCUUGGCAUUUGUAUUUACCGCCAUAUUUGUGCCAGAAACGAGGGGGAAAAGUCUACUUGAGAUUCAAGAGAUGUUGAGUAAAUGAUGAUUAAGUAUUUUAUAAAUGUUUUUUUUUUUGCUACAUAGCAAUGCAAUCAAGCCGCGCAUUUUGCUUCUCUUGUCACUUUUAUAAUUAAAUAAUUAUUAUUUUAAAUGAGCA